AUGGCAGAUUGGAAAGGGUAUACAAGACAGGAUGCUGAGGCGAGUAAGAAGAGGCCGACUUCGAGCGAAGGACGACCGAAUGUGCUCUCGAAGUUGGCACGGACGCUUACUUUCCGAUCAUCGCGUGAGCAGCACCACUACGAGUCGGAAAUUCAGGCCGCCGACGCUUUCGAUACUGCACUGGCAUUCGCUCACGCGCCUGGGUUGGAUGCGCCUCUGUUGCCGGAACUUGUCUUCGACGACUUCAUGGCAGGCGUUGGUGACGGCAACUUCAAUUACAGCGACACGAUUCUUGCUGACGCGUAUGGGCACGACUUUGCUUCCACUGGACGGCAUGAUUCCGCAUUUCCAGACGAAGAAGAUGCGAGGUUUGACUUUGGCGAUCUGGUGGAUGAGUUCGUCAACCAAGAGUUUGAGAACGGGGAUGCCUUUGGGCUUUGGUAUCAAUAG